AUGGGCUCACUCGGCCCGCCCAAGAGGCGAUUCUUCAACUACCCUCGACCUCUGAAAGCCCCGGAUGUCGCUCAUGUAAACAAGCGCAACCCCAACCCGCCCCUGCGCGGCUUCAUUCUCGUCGCAGCAGUAUGGAUCAUGGACUGGAUCCGCCCCGUCAGAGAAAUCAUCUGGCGCAAUGCAGGCUUCGGCGACCUGCGCAGCCUCUGGGAGUAUCUCCAGGACUACGAGCCGCUCUAUGAUCCCACAGUAGUGCCCCUCGACAACGGCGAGGAGACGGACGGCGGCGCCAGCGACGCUGCUCCUCCCACCACUCUGGCCAAGCGCACGUUCAAGUUCCCAGAGGCAAACAGGUACUACUCGGUCGAGGACUACCACGAGCUCUUCCUCUCGGGCGAGCUCACCCCGACCGACGUGGCCAACGCCCUGCUGCCCCUGAUCCGGCGGGACACCAGCCCCAAGGGCGAGCACUCGAUCGCCUGGUUCGACACCAAGGUCGACCUCGUCCUCCGCGCCGCCGACGAGUCCACCGCCCGCUACAAGGCGGGCCGCCCCCUCGGCCUGCUCGACGGCGUGCCCACGGCCGUCAAGGACGAGUACGACAUGGACGGCUACGUGACCACCCUGGGCUCCAAGAACGACUACACGGGCACCGCCGUCGAGGACGACUCGAUCGCCUCGUGGUGCGUGCGCCGCCUCGAGGCCGAGGGCUGCGUCAUCCUCGGCAAGCUGUCCAUGGUCGAGUUCGGCCUCGACACCCCCGGCAACAACCCCAACCUCGGCACGCCGCCCAACCCGUACAACCCGGCCUACUACACGGGCGGCAGCUCCUCCGGCUCGGCCUACGCCGUCGCCGCGGGCCUGAUCCCCAUCGCGCUCGGCUCCGACGGCGGCGGCAGCAUCCGCAUCCCCUCCUCCUUCUGCUCCGUCUUCGGCCUGAAGCCCUCCCACGCCCGCAUCUCCUUCGACCCGGGCCACAACCACUCCUACACCUGCUGCUCCCUGGGGCCCAUCGCCGCCGACGUCCGCUCCCUCGCCAUCGUCUACUCGGCCAUCGCCCAGCCCCACCCGUCCUCCCAGUGGUCCCCGGAGCUGCCCGCCCCGCGCCUCCUCCUCCAGCCCUCCGCCGCCGCGCACACAAAGACCCUCGGCAUCCCCGAGGCCUGGUUCGCCCGCGCCGCCCCGGCCGUCCAGCAGCUCACGCGCUCCCUCCUCGCCGACCUCGUCCAGCGGCGCGGGUACCGCCCCGUGCCCAUCUCGAUCCCCUUCGCGCACGAGGGCCAGAUGGCCCACGCGGCCACGAUCCUCACCGACGCGGCCACGGCCCUGGCGCCGCAGAUCUGCGGCGGGCUCACGCCGACGACGAGGAUCCUGCUCGCGCUGGGCCGCACGACGCCCGCGACCGACUUCCUGCUGGCGCAGAAGCUGCGCCGGCUGCUGGCGCAGCACCUCGCGGCCCUCUGGGCCGAGAACCCGGGCAUGCUGAUCGCCACGCCCGUGACGGCCUGCGCCGGCUGGCCGCUGCGCGGCGGCAGGGCCGAGCUGCGGUACGGCGUCAGCGACGGGGACCGCACGCUGCGGUCCAUGGAGUACGUCUGGCUGGCCAACUUUUGCGGCCUGCCGGCCCUGUCCGUGCCGGCGGGCUACGUGGUGCCCGGGGACGGGGAGGACGAGGUCGCGGGGCCCGACACCGAGGGCAAGGUCCCCGUCGGGCUCAUGGUGGCGGGCGAGUGGGGCGCCGAGCGGUCGCUGCUGCAGUUCGGGCUGGAUGCCGAGGAGGUCGGCGCCGAGAGGAGGUGUCGGCCGCCGAUCUGGGUUGACGUCGUGGAGCGGGCCAGGAAGGGCGGUGCCUGA